AUGGACGAUAUCGACUUGUGUUGUUUUGACGACGACGACUGCGAAUCAUGUGAAUGUUGUCUUUGUUGUAUGUCUUUGCCGGUCAAGGUGUGGUGUAUCCUUUUCAUUUUGCUCUGUUUAGUUGCCAUAGCUGUCGGGAUUUGGGCUCUUAUCACACAAGAAGACUACCUCGGCAUUGAAGAACUUGAAGAGCUCAAAGAUUCAUCUGAACUUUGGGGUGAUCUAAUCUUUCAUCGCCUUGAUGUGGUGGAUUCACCUAGUGUUGCCUUGCUUGCUGAAUUCGUCAAGGCUCAGUUUGGAAGGCUUGAUAUCUUGGACACUGUCAAGAGAAGUUGGGGAAAGCAAAUUAAGGGGACUAAGAUGAUUCAGGUGACUUGUAGACUGAAGCAACUGAAAGCUCAACUGAAAGAGCUAAAUCGCAUUCAGUUUGAUGAUAUAGUUGAAACAGCAAACAGGGAUCAGAGAUUGCUACAGGGACUGCAAGAGGAGUUAGCAAAUGAUCCAUGCAUGGAAUUACCUCCAGGGAAGCUGAAUCCCAUUAGGAUGCAUAUUCCUGAACCGUCUCUACAAGGCCAAGGCCGAUUUGCUAUUGUGACCGGUUCAAACAAAGGCUUAGGAUUUGAGAUUGUCAGGCAAUUAGCUUCUCUUGGAAUCACAGUGGUGUUAACUGCGAGAGAUGAAAAGAGGGGUCUUGAUGCACUUCACGAGCUCAAAGAAUCUGGUGGGCUUUCCGGUGAUGUGAUCUUCCAUCAGCUGGAUGUGGCUGAUUCAUCAAGUGUUGCUUCACUUGCUGAAUUUGUCACAACUGAGUUUGGAAGGCUUGAUAUCUUGGUGAACAAUGCGGCAAUACUUGGAGUCUAUUCAGAUGGUGCAGAUAGUUUAACAGCUGCAGUGAGAGCUGGUGAUGAAGGGGUUGAAGGAUCUAAAGAUUGUGGUAAUGAGUUAGUGACUCAAACAUAUGACUUGGCAUUGAACUGCUUACAAACAAACUACUAUGGAGCUAAAAGAAUGAUUGAAUCCUUUCUCCCACUUCUCCAGUCAUCUCAAUCCCCACGAAUUGUAAAUGUUUCUGCUGAAAUGGGGAAGCUAGAGAAUAUACCAAGCAAAUGGGCUCAAGAGAUAUUAAGCGAUGUCGACAACCUUACAGAAGAAAGAGUGGAUGAGGUGGUGAAUGAAUUUCUGAAAGACUUCAAAGAAGGAACCCUGGAAACCAAAGGAUGGCCCUUAUACUUUGGGGCAUAUAGAGUCUCAAAAGCAGCCAUGAAUGCAUACACAAGAAUAGUGGCAAAGAAGCAGCUGCCAAACAUGAAGGCGAAUUGCGUCUGUCCUGGUUAUGUCAAAACUGAUAUGAACUUUAACUCAGGCAUCCUGACAGUAGAAGAAGGUGCUGACAAGAUUAUGAAGCUUGUUGUUCUGCCUGAUGAUGGUCCUUCUGGUUUAUUUUUUGCUCGGGGAGAAGUGACAUCCUUCUAA